AUGACGUUGUGAGUCCCCCGCAGACCCCGGAAGUGCAGCUCGAACUUGGCCGGGGCGCGGAUCCCGAGAGGGAAAGUCCUGACAACGGCUCGAGGGAGUUCCACUGGCGAGCUGGAAGGCCACGCCUCUUCCCGCCUCCCCCCACAGCCCUGUAGCUGGGGGCAGAGCUCAGACUGUCUUCUGAAGAUUGAUGUGUAUUUCCUUGAGUUCUUUAAUUUUGUUGCCAAUUUGGAUAAACAUGGCACAAAUCCACCAGGGAGGUCCAGAUGAAAAAGAAAAGACCACAGCACUGAAAGAUUUAUUAUCUAGGAUAGAUUUGGAUGAACUAAUGAAAAAAGAUGAACCACCUCUUGAUUUUCCUGAUACCCUGGAAGGAUUUGAAUAUGCCUUUAAUGAAAAGGGGCAGUUAAGACACAUCAAAACUGGGGAACCGUUUGUUUUUAACUACCGGGAAGACUUGCACAGAUGGAACCAGAAAAGAUACGAAGCUCUGGGAGAGAUCAUCACGAAGUAUGUAUAUGAGCUCCUGGAAAAGGACUGUAAUUUGAAAAAAAUCACUAUUCCAGUAGACGCCAUUGAAAGUGAACCAAAGAGUUUUAUCUUUAUGAGUGAGGACGCCUUAACAAACCCACAGAAACUGAUGGUCCUCAUCCACGGCAGUGGUGUUGUGAGGGCAGGUCAGUGGGCUAGAAGGCUUAUCAUAAAUGAAGAUCUGGACAGUGGCACACAGAUUCCUUUCAUUAAGAGAGCUGUGCACGAAGGAUAUGGAGUAAUAGUGCUGAAUCCCAAUGAGAACUAUAUAGAAGUAGAAAAGCCCAAGAUGCAUGUGCAGUCAACUUCUGAUAGUGCAGAUGAACCAGCAGAAAAAAGGGAAAGAAAAGAUAAAGUCCUUAAAGAAACAAAGAAGCGGCGUGAUUUCUAUGAGAAGUAUCGUAACCCUCAAAGAGAAAAAGAAAUGAUGCAGUUGUAUAUCAGAGAAAAUGGCUCUCCUGAAGAGCAUGCAGUCUAUGUUUGGGACCACUUCAUAGCCCAGUCUGCAGCUGAGAAUGUAUUUUUUGUUGCUCACAGCUACGGAGGACUUGCUUUUGUUGAACUGAUGAUUCAACGGGAAGCAGAUGUAAAAAGUAAGGUAACCGCUGUGGCGUUAACAGACUCUGUUCACAACGUGUGGCAUCAAGAAGCUGGCAAAACGAUCCGGGAAUGGAUGAGAGAGAACUGUUGUAAUUGGGUCUCUAGCUCAGAGCCAUUAGACACGUCAGUGGAGUCCAUGCUGCCCGACUGUCCCAGAGUCUCAGCAGAUCUGUAGUCAAUGCAGAUUUGGAGCAAAUUUCAUAUCCUGGAAGACGUUGUCUCAGCUCCACAAGGUACUGUCACCUAGUAGUCGUUAUAACCGAAACUUGAGAAGGUCAUUCCUCCAUUCUGCCAGGCCUGUUUCUUGGGGGUAGCAGGGAAUUUGAGAGGAGCAGUGAGUGCUGGCAGACGCCAGGCUCUCUGGCCCUCCCACCUGCCACUCCGAUGGAAACCAGCUGCCAUGUUAUAAGCUGCUCUGUGGAGCACUCUGUAUGGCAGGGAACUGGAAUCUGUCGCCAAGUGCCGGUGAGGACCUGCAGGCUGCCAGUAGCCACAUGAGUGACCUUGGAAGAGGAGUCUCCCGAGUGGAGCUUGACAUGACUGCAGCCUCAGCCAACACCGUGACUGCAGCCUGAGGAGAGACACUGAGCCAGGGCCACCCGGCUAAGCCGUGUCCUGAUUUCUGACCCUCAAACCUGUGAGGUGAUAAAUGUGUAUUGGUUUAGCUGCCAGGUUGGGGGGUGAUUUGUUCCACAGCAGGAAGUAAUUCACACAACAGGGCUCAACUUCUGCUUUGGUAGUCAUUCUAACCUAAGAAGAUACAGCCUUAACCCUUCUUUUCAGAGGAAAGCCCUGUGAGACUCAUUUAGUAGAUUCGGGUUUCAGUGCAACUCCUUCCAAAUAGUCACUAAAACCUCAGAGAAGAAAAUUCCUUUCUACCCUUGCUCCACCACUGCCACACUAGAUUUUCCUGUGCAAUUUAUCGGAAGACAGCAAUUUUCUACUUUAUCACUUCCACUUGAUCUUGUACUAACUGAGUUAUGUUAACUAGUUCUUCACUGACCAAAUGUUUUCUUAGAACAGAAGCUGCUUCUCUGGAACUUUCUAUUUCCUGUGGAGUUUUGUUCCAAAAUAUUUGACCUAAAUCAGAAAGUGAUUUUAUAUACACUCCCCAGCACGUAUUCAUUUGAUCUUCAGUUAUUUAUUGAGAAUUUACUAUGUUCCAUACAAUAUUCUGGGUGCUGAGGAUACAAGAACAAACAUUUGCUCAUCAUGAGUAUCUUUUUCCCUCCAGAAACUGAAAACAAUUGCUCUCUGACCCUUCUAUUAGAGGGUAAGAUCUUCUGUUUGAAGUUGCUGUAAACAUUAGGUUACAUCAAAUGAGAAGAGUUGAAGGCUAGACCCCACACUACAAUCCACACCUACUCAUAAAAAUGGAAUUUUUUAAAACUAAAAUCAAUGAUUUCCCUUAAAGAAUCCUUAGAAGCUGUUGCACAAAGGAUAUUUAGUAAAUGCAUAAAAGAAAGAGCAAAAGCCAGGGGCAAUAGAUUGAGCCAGCUAUGAUGAAAAAAGCAAAUACCUGGGCUUCAUGGCACAUAUUGUGUGGUGGUAAUGAGAAUACAGAGGAUACAUGCAAAUACACCUGGGAGGAUCCACACUCCUGAGGAGAAGCAGCUUGGAGGAGGAAAGCAAGGAGGCAUCAGUAAACUAGAAUACGAGUAACUGGACAAUGAAAAUAAUGCUAUCGGAGGUGGAGAGUUGGAGGGAAAUCAGCCAAGGGCAAGAGAUGGGGAAAUUGUUUUGUGAUCUGUUUGACUGAGGGGAUGGCAGAUGAGAGGAUGGCAGGGAAUUCAAAUAGAAAUGGCCAAAAGAUUUUGAAUUGAAACAUACAGAUUUCUCUGAUCAGUGGUCUCAUUAUCUGUAAUUUAAAAUGUUAAUGUCAUUCGAAGAUUUCAACGUGUAUACUGAUCACAAAAGAGUAAUGCCUACUCGGACUGUGCAUUCAGCUUAUGAAGUCUUUUCUUUUUUAAGGCUUGAUAAAUUAUUUUUUCCUUAAGUUGUAAAAUACUUUUAUCUUUUGACUGAAACUUGCAAAUCAUAGCAGUGAGUUUGCCUAUGAAAAUAUGUACUCAUUUAAUACUUUAUUUUCCAUUAUAAUUAAAUGCAUUUCCCAAAAUA